AUGCCGCCUCCCUUCCGCAUCGCUGUGCUGGGGGCACAAGGCGUGGGCAAGACUGCCAUCGUGCAGCGCUUCCUCCACGAUGACUACAGCGAGGCGCCCACCCCGGCAACCAGCCGCGCCCGCCGUGUCCACCUGUCUGCUGCUGUGCUCAAUGGCCACGUGCACGACCUGCAGAUCACAGACUAUCCUGCCAUCACCAGCUUCCCCGGGAACUCAAUGCAGGAGUGGACAGACACCUGCUGCCGAGGUAUCCGUAGCGCUCACGUCUACAUCCUGGUCUAUGACAUCUGCUGCUUCGACAGCUUCGAAUACAUCAAGACCAUGCGCCAGCAGAUCCUAGAGACCAGGGUGUUGGGCACAGGCGACAUGCCCAUCCUGGUCGUGGGGAACAAGCGGGACUUGCAGCGGGGGCGUGUUAUCCCCCGCCACAACAUGUCCGACCUGGUGAGGAAGAACUGGAAGUGUGGCUACGUAGAGUGUUCGGCCAAAUUCAACUGGCACGUGCUUCUGCUGUUCGGGGAGGCUCUGCGCAGUGUGGGCUGUGCCCGCUGCAAACACGUCCAUGCAACCAUUCGCUUCCAACGGGCACUAAGAAACGAACGCUGUGCCCUCAUGUGAUUUACUCAGUGACGGUGGGGUGCGCACCAGAGUGGCAUUGAGGGCCAUUGGUACAGUAAACCUCCCUAGGACCUCCAUGGCUGACAUUUCUGUCCUGUGAAGCUACAGUAUUAACAUGUAACAGCCCUCUGUUUUGCUGCUAUCUGACUUGAUCAGGGAUGGAGAGUACCACCCUAUCCAUCUGACAUUUUCUUGAACUGGAGGCAGCUAAACCAACUCCUUGCUGUAAAAAUUCUGAACUCGUUCAAGUACACUAAAGGAACUUUCCAGCAUCUGGGAGUCGCUCCAAACAGACAGAUUGGCUUACGUUGUUUGACUCACCUGGACGUUGAUCGAUGUAUGACAUUGCUAAUGUCAAAGCCCUAUUUGGAGUGGGAUUGAGGUUGACAUCUGCUGAUGCAUUCUCUCUGCUCGGAUGUCUUGAAGGUGCACACUUGAGCAUAUAAUCCCCAGAGGUAGCUAUACAAAUUCCGUACACAAACCCAUCUCAAUUAGUCCUCUGAAACCAAAACAGCCAACCAUAGGGAGAAUUCUGUUAAAUGGAGUAAUCCAGUCCACCUUUACGCUCCACUCGCAAACAAACAACGGUAGAAGCACAUAGGGUGAACUGUAGAAGCACAUAAGGGUGUUUAUAUACAAACACAACUCCGACCAAACCCCGAUAUGAGACUGUUAAUGAUAUACUGUAAAAAGAAUAAGGUCUAAAUGUAAUAAAAUACUUGAGGCUAGACGUGGUUGCCAACAUAUCGGCCUGUUCAGGUCCUCUGAACUGCUAAAUACAGCAAUAAAUGAACAUGCCAUGCUUGAAUGUAAGUAACCUUUGGUAAAACGUAGGAAUAAGGCGGAACACAAGGACACACUUGUUUCCUGUAGGGUUGUAUUCAAUGAAAUGUUUUAUUUAUUUUUAUUUCACCUGGUAGGCUAGUUGAGAACAAGUUAUCAUUUAGAAUUGCAACCUGGCCAAGAUAAAGCAAAGCAGUGCGACACAGAGUUACACAUGGAAUAAACAAA